GUUGCUGUUGCUGUUGCCGUUGCCGUUGAAAGUGAAACCGACUGAGAGACCGAUUCGACUGGGACAGCUACUCGGGUUCUAAGCACCAGCUCUAGCUGCGCUGCUAUAUAAGCUUGAUGACUGAGCCAUGGUAAAACAGUGCAGCAUUGACCAGGAAUCCAAUUGGAAGUUUAUUGCCUACGACUUUAUAGUCCAAUUUGGUCCAAAGGAUUACCCACCCACCCUCAACACCCACAAACAUUCACACCCACACACAUCCACAUAGCCAAGAAGAUGUUCUUCAAGUUGCUCCUGUUCGUCUCCUGCCUGGCAUUGACUUUGGCCAAGCCACAGCAUCAGCAAGCUGCCCAGUAUCCAGCUGGUGUGAAUCCACAGGAUUGUCCCGGCUUCCCCAUCUGUGAUAAUGCCCGUUUGCACAAUCCCCAGGCGCACAACCAAUGGCAACCGCAGCCACAGUGGCAACAGCCCCAGCCUCAGUGGCAGCAACCUCAGCAGCAAUGGCAGCCCCAGCCACAGUGGCAACAGCCCCAACAGCAGUGGCAACCACAGCCAUCCUGGAAUGCGGCUCCUGCUCCAUCCGCUGGCGGCGACAAGUAUCCAGCUGGCAUCAAUCCCCAGACUUGCCCCAAUUAUCCUUAUUGUGAUGUGAAUGCUGGUCAUGCUGGUGCACCCGUCGCUGCUCCUCCACUACCCGGCUGGACAGAGCGUCUCUACCCUGCUGGUGUUUCUCCCCAUCAGUGCCCCAACUUCCCCUAUUGCCAAUAAGCUUGGCAUCCACUACCACACUCAUUCCCCCUCCCAUUCCCAUUUAAGAACCUGUUGCAGGCUCAUUAAUUGAACAAUCUUUUUGUGUGUUGUUGGCGACAAAUAAAAGCAAA